AGACUGGACGCUGAAGAUUAAAGCGCGAGGACGGGAUAUUGCGUUACUUUGUAGAAGCAUGACAAAUAAUCUUGUUGUUCUGCACAUUACUCGCUUACCCAAAUAUUUUGGACCAUCCGAAUUGCGAAAAUACAUUGAACAAUUCGGAAAAGUUCAUGAACUCUAUAUACCAAAGUCUAAAAAGACUGGUAAGUGGAAAGACAGUGCUUUCGUUCGAAUGUCUGAUGAGGCUGCUCCUCUCGUAGCCUCCACGUUAAACAACCUGCUGCAAUUCAAUAAAAUAAUAAAAUGUGAAGUCUUAGCAGACAAUAAGCGACUAUUUCGAACAAGCAGAUACCUACGAAAUUCAACUCGUGCAUCACAUGAAGAAAAUCAAACCAUAGCAACAAUAAAGCGUGUUACGGCCCUAAACGCUCGCAAAGGAAUGGAUUUUACCAAUAGUUCAGUAAGAAAAUCAUUACCCCAAGCUGUCCGAAGGCGUAAACAUAACUUCCAGAAACGAAUUGCAGCAAUUAAAAAAACUAACUUGAAUUUCAGAUUUCAUGAGACCGAUCACUAAUAUAUCAUAAAAAUGUCUAAACUCUAAAAAACUCAUUUUUUCAAAUGAUGUUUACUGUGCAAUGUUGACACUAGUUAUUAUAAAAAGGCACUUUGAACCAU